AUGACAGUUCCUGGAUUUACCGUCAGUGCCUUCAUCCUUCUGUUGCAUGUUAAUUUUGUGGCUAAUUAUCCCAGUGGAAAAGUUACAAAGUCAUGCCAUGGAAUGAUUCCUGAGCAUGGUCAUAGCCCACAGUCUCAUCCCGCUCACAACAUUUCAGUGAGUCAGAUGACAUUCAGGCCAGGAGAGCAAAUCAAAGUUACUUUGUCAGGGCCACCGUUUAAAGGCUUUCUCUUGGAAGCACGUGACGCUGAGAAUUUGAGUGGCCCUCCUGUUGGCUCCUUCACAUUGAUUGACAGUCACGUGUCACAGCUCCUGACCUGUGAAGAUGUACAGGGAUCAGCUGUAAGUCAUAGAAGUCCAUCAAAAAAAACUGAAAUCAAAGUCUAUUGGGAUGCUCCAAGCAGUGCCCCCAAUCACAUAACCUUCCUAGCCACAGUCGUUGAGAAGUACAAAAUCUACUGGGUGAAGAUUCCCGGUCCUGUGAUUUCACAACCAAAUGUGCUUCCUUUUACAACACCUGCAGCCACAACAGCACCAAUGCCAACGGGACCUUCGGUCUCCCAUUUAACCAGAUCAUUCAAUGCUUCAGACUGUGGGAAGAAGAAGUUCUGCAUCAGGAGUCCUUUGAACUGUGACCCAGAGAAGGAGCUUGCCUGUGUCUUCUUGUCUUUCACACGAGAUGACCAAUCAGUGAUGGUUGAAAUGAGCGGUCCCAGUAAAGGCUAUUUAUCCUUGGCAUUUUCUCAUGACCGAUGGAUGGGUGAUGAUGAUGCUUAUGUGUGUAUUCUUGAAGAUCAGAUUGUCCACAUACAACCUUCCCGUUUGACAGGGAGAAGUCACCCUAUAAUGGAUUCUGGGGAUCCUCUUGAGGACAUGGCUUGGAGGUUGGCGGAUGGUGUUAUGCAGUGUUCUUUCAGAAGAAACAUUACCCUUCCUGGGGUUAAGAAUAGAUUUGAUCUAAAUGCCAGCUACUACAUAUUUGUUGCAGAUGGUGCAGCUGCUGAUGGUCGAAUUCAUAAGCAUUCUCAGCAACCUUUGAUUACAUAUGAAAAAUACAAUGUGACAGGCGAUCCAAAGAACAUAGGAGGAUCCCGUUCUUUACUCCUUCUGAAGGUUCAUGGUGCCUUAAUGUUUGUGGCAUGGAUGACUACUGUUAGUGUAGGUGUACUGAUUGCCCGGUUCUUCAAACCUGUUUGGUCAAAGGCUUUAUUUGGUGAUGCAGCUUGGUUUCAGGUGCAUCGAACUCUCAUGCUCACUACUUCUGCCCUCACCUUUAUUGCUUUUCUUCUGCCUUUUAUUUACAGAGGAGGCUGGAACUGGCAUGCAGGUUAUCACCCAUACCUUGGUUUUAUGGUGAUGGUUUUAGCAGUUCUUCAGCUUCUUUUGGCAGCUUUCAGACCACCUUUACAUGACCCAAGAAGGAAAAUGUUUAACUGGACUCAUUGGAGUAUGGGAACAGCUGCUAGAAUAAUAGCAGUGGCAGCAAUGUUCCUGGGAAUGGAUUUGCCAGGACUGAAUCUUCCUGGCCCAUGGAAAACCUAUGCAAUGAUUGGAUUUGUUGCCUGGCACGUUGGGACAGAGAUUAUUCUGGAGAUACAUGCUUACCGACUCUCUAGAAAAGUUGAAAUACUGGAUGAUGAUAGAAUUCAGAUCCUCCAGUCAUUUACCGCAGCUGAAGCAGAAGGUUAUGUUUUUAAAAAGGUGGUGUUAGCAAUUUAUGUUUGUGGGAAUUUGACUUUUCUCACCAUGUUCUUAUCUGCAAUCAACCGUCUAUGA